ACAUCACCCGACCUAACUGUAACUGUACCCAACAACCACGUGCGUUGACCUGCGCGUCGCACGACGUAUUUUUGUGAUUUGUUGAGAAAGUCGCCAGUGAAGAUUGGCUCUUACUGUUAGUCCUUACAAGGACUGAAAUCUAGGGCCUUAUUUAGGAAGGGUCGCCGGUGGUCGUCGGUAGGUAAUCAAGAGAUACAGUAGUGAUACUGGUAGUGACUGUAUGGACUGGUAUGAUCUGUAUACUGAGUACUGAGUAGCGACUAGACUCACUCCAAGUGUAAUAAAGUGAUGAUACUUUAGUCGUUUUUUACUUUAUAAAGAUUUGAGGCAUGACUGCCCCAUUAAAUCUUUUUAAACCGUGAUGUUGCAAUUUAACGUUAAUCGUAAAUUUGAAGGCUAAAGAAGAAGUUUGAACGAAACGAAAGCUCAAAGAUUGACUAAAAGAAACUCGUGUCGAAGGUACGGUUUCAGAGCAGUGUAAAGAAACGAAAAGAUCCAUUGAAAAAUCCGAGUUCAGAAUUUUUUUAUGUGUACGAAAAAAAGUAUUUUCCAUUUAUGGCGAUAAUCGAGGAUUGUACGUUUCAUAGCAAUUUACAAAUAUAGCGAAUUUUGUUUGAGGUUAUUUUUUCUCUAUUCUUGAUAUCCUUGAUUAUCCUGAUACAUGGGAGCAUCAAAGCAUGCGCAAUAAUAUGUUUAAUAACUUUCCUGAAGCCGUGUUUGUGUGUUCCAAUAAUCAUUGCAUGUUUCUACAUUUUGCCAGUGUGACAGAUUUCCUAACCUCAAUAGUCAUCAACUUUAUUUCGGUUCAUGGGACAGAGCGAUACUUUUUUCUGCUAGAUUCGUUCGUGUUGAAUGGGAUAUUUUGUCAAAAUUAGAGGUGGUAGGAGUUUUCUGGAUAAUUACCACAAAAUUGUACUACAAGUAUGAAAGACGGUCUUCAGUUUUCUAUUUAAAGUGAGAUUUUACAUGGGUUCUCAACUUUCCAUACAAAGCAAAGAUUGGAGACUACCAAAAAUUUUAAAAGAUAAUUAUUGAAAAUUUACUUUAUUUUUUAUGAAUUAUAUGAUGCCUGUUCCUAUUGAUAAAGGAAUUGUACAUAUCAACCAGGUAAAAUAAAGUGUGACAGACACACACAUACUCUCUCUAAUCUUUAGCUUUUGUCAAAGUAUGGUGACCCUUCAACAUAUUUCUGUGGAUUGCGUUACAAUAUACACAGACAUAUAAGACCUACAGUUUAAACGCCGAUUCCAAACGGCUUAAUUUAGAAUGGCAAGAUACUCUUGGUUGUUUACCAAUGCCUCCUGAGAGAUAGUAAUCAAAUAAAAUCAGAUGUUUCUGAUCAGUGGGAUUUUAACCCAGAUCUUUAACACAGAGAGCAGAUGUAUGUGACUGCACCACAAUCAUUACUGUGACAGAUACACAGAAUAACAGAAUAGAAGCAUGAAUUUUGUAUAAAAUACAAAAAGUUCAUGUAAUAUAAUAAUAAAUUAAAUAGUGAUCUAAAUUGAAAUUAAAGAAAGACAACUAGAUCUAAAUUAAGUAAAUAAAAAUUUUGUAAAAAAAAUUGCAAAAUAUUACAAAUCUGUUCAUUUCAGUACAAUAAUAAUCAAAAAAUGAACAAGUUUUCUAAUCAAGCUACAGCCAAAAAAAUAGAUGGGAUUCCUCCUACAGCCAAAAAAAUAGAAAUAAGAAAUGUAUCAACUCCAUAUGUUAUGAGAGCACAUGAAAUUGAACAAAAACAUACACUUUAUACAAUACAAGAAAAAUUGUUAAAAUUUAUGAAAACAAAUAAUUUUCAAAGAAACAAUAAUAUGGAUAUUAAAAUUGGUGAUAUGGUUUUUGUACAACGGAACGAUGCUGCUGGAAUUAAAUUACCAUCAUAUGUUUGUCGAGGUUUGGUAAAUUAUAUUAAAAAAGAGACUAAUACAUAUGGUAUCCUUUUAGUGGAUCAUGGUACUGUCUUUGAAUUACCGAGGGAUAAAUUUUACAUACUUCCACGAGAUUUUAUCCCUGAUAAGUAUUUAACGAAAACUGUUGGGGUAUAUGGUAUUUUGCCAAUCUGCAUAAAUGGCUCCAACAUAAUUGGUUAUAAUACUAAGGCAGUUGUUGUAGAAAAAUGGACCGAAAAAGCUGUUCAAUUUACAAAAUGUCUUCUCAGCGCAUCUGAAGUUAUAUACUUUGACCGUUUAGAGAUGGACAAGAGUAAUGGAAGAGAAUACGGAGAAUUUUAUCUCAUCAUUAACAACGAUGUCGUGUCAUUAAGUGAAGCUUUAUUCAUGAAUUAUUAUGGAAUCUAUAUAGAAGGAAAAUUAUUAAAAUUUGUUGAAACGUACACCGAACUUAAGGAAAAACAAUGGUACCUUUUACAUAUAAAGUAUUCAAGAAAUAAAGAAAAAGGGAACGUAAUACAAAUUAAUGGAAAUUGUAAUUCUCGCAUGAAAUUCUCUCUCAGUGAGAAGAUUUUAGUACAGAGCUCAAUAGAUUGUGAUGUCUUAAGUGAUAUUACGGAUCUUAGAUAUUAUAAAGAAAUACAUCAGGGUUGGAACGAAUGCAUUAAAUCUUCCAGACCAAGAAAACUUCAGUCUUACAUGUGGCCAGCUAUAAACAAUGGUUUAAACGUUGUCGCUAUUGGAUCAUCGCAAUGCGGUAAAACGAGUGGAUGCGUAAUGGCUGUUUCUGGUCUGAUAGCUAUGCACAAAAAUGAAACACUCAAAAAUACUUGCCCAUUAGCAUUAAUCUUAUGUGCUUCAUCUUACGAUGUAAUUCGUGUUCAUUCUAUGUGCCAGUCAUUUCUGCGGACUACUAAUAAUAUAAGAUCCGUCGCAGCAUUUAAUGGCAAAUCGAACGUAUCAGUAGCGGCAAUGAUAUAUAACGGCUGUCAAAUCUUGGUGACCACUCCGCAGUAUUUGGUGCGAUUCUUGAAGGAAAAUAAAGGCCUUCUGUCAUUCGAUAGGCUUUCUCUCUUAGUGUUUGAUGAUGCCGAUAUAAUUUUGGAUAAAUAUUACAAGUCGAUAGCAGAACUUUUCAGGAAGUAUAAAAUAAUUGAGAAUCGCGAUCCACAAGGAAACGGUAGACCGAUAUUGCAAAUAAUUAUAUCAGCAACAAACUGGACGGUCAAUAUAAAAAACUUUGUACAGUUGGCGAUGUCUAAUCCAUAUAUAUGCAUCUCGUCAUUUACAGAAGCUGUUGUUUUUAAGUCUGUGCGUGCAACAAUUCACUUACUGCAGACUACAUGUAAAAAUGAGAAAAUAUUAGCUCUAUUGAAAGAUAACUACAUCACACAGAGAACAGCAAUAGUAUGUAUAAACGCCAAAGAAGCCGAAGAAUUAAACUCUUUAUUAAUUUUGACCAAAAAAACUCUACUAAUUCAUGAAAACAUGAAAUCGUUUGACAUACGAGCUUUACAGGAAAGUUGGAUGGCAUGUGUAUGCGGUUUUUAUCCAGUACUGAUAUGUACUGAUCCAGUUCUAUCUGAUCUUAAUUUUACUAAUGUCCAAUGGCUGAUACAUCAUUCCGUACUUUCAAAAUUUAGAACUCAAUUUAGUUAUAGAUUUUCUCUACUUUUAGAUAAUUUGGCACAGGAUGCUGCCAACUGUAAGUUUAAUAUAAUUUUGGACGAAGAGACUAAUGUACAAUUUCCUAGUCUAAUAAAAUUAAUUCAGCGAAUGAACGCUAAAAUAUCGCCAGAAAUGUUAGAUAAUAUUAAGCGAAUAGUAAAUACAUUAGAAAGGGAGAAGAAGGAAUAUGACAUCUGUGACAAUGUAAAAUCAUUUGGCUUCUGUGAAGAGAAAAAUAGUUGCGAAUUCAGACAUUGUAUUCUUUCUGACAUCGAUGCGCCAAUGACACAAAUACAAAUAAAUGACAAGGUGAAGUUAAAUGUAUUGUACAUUCACGAUACAACACAUUUUUCUGCGAGAAUUAUUGAGCACAUUCCACAUUCCAACGAUUCGAAAAAAAUAACGUACUGCAACGCUGAAUACAUGAAAAUCUCGACAAAAAUACAAAGUUAUUAUGGAAAUAUCGAAAACAGAAAAAUGUGUAUCUCGACAAAUGUUGGAGAUAUCUGCGUUUUGGAAGAAACUAUCGACACAUUUCAACGAGUACAAAUCCGACGUAUCAGAAAUGACAGAGAUUGUUCCGAAAAUGUAAAACUUGUAGAUGUUAGAUGUAUUGACACUGGUAUUAUACAUGAAUGCAUUGAUGUACGUAAAUUAAUGCAUAUUCCAGAGGAAUUAAUAAAUCUUCCAACGCAUGUUGUCGAAAUAUUUUUAGCCAAUUUAAUGCCACAGGAUGAGGAAUAUAGGUGGAAUCAUUAUACUAAUGAACAUGUGCACAAGUGGUUCUCAGAUAAUAACGAUGACAGAUCCUAUAUUUUCGGAAAGGUUUGCCUUCAUCUUGGAAAUACAAUAUGGAUAGACGAUUUGAGAAUUGGGACAAAGUUAAUUGGUCACCCCGAUCUGAAAGGAUCCUCUUUAAAGCAGUAUUCGAUCAAUGAUGGACAGUUUGCAGUUAUAAACCUCAAUCAUUUAUCGAAACUGUUCCAACUUUGUAAAGACAGUGGGUUGACAGAAGUCAAUGGUUGGGACAUAAGUGUUGCAGAGAAAUAAAAGAGCCUUUUAGUAUCAUUUGUAUUUUUACAAGAUGGAUCAAUUAUUUUUUAAUAUACAUUUAUAAGAGAAGAUUGUACAAUAUUUUCUUUUCUCUAUUUUGUAUUUAAUUAUGAAAUAUUGCACACUAGUGGAUAUAAAAAAUUCUAAGGAUUUCUACUUUUAAUCCUAGUUCUUCACACGUGGGUACAUACUCUAUAUGAUUUUUUACACUGCUGUAACUUUUUUAUAACAUAAUUUGAAGACUAGUAGCGAGGUUAAAAAAAAACUUUAACUAUCCAAAGUAUUCAUUUUGUGAAUUUUUGUAACAAAUUUUUUAAAAAAUUAUAAUUAUUUGAGAAUAAAAUAGUUUUGAUUCGAAUUUUGUUUAUUGUCUUUAUCAGACUCCGAAGUAUAAUUAUAUUAUGAACUAAAAAAUAUGGUUUCUAUUCAAAGAUAUAGCAUGUUAAAGUUACAGAGUUCUACAAACUCAUAAAUGAGAAAGUAAUAAAAAAUAAGCGUGAGAGCUGGAAGUUAGACUUAAAUAUGAGAAAUAAAAAUAAUUAAAAAAAAUUAUUCUCUACUUUGUAUUUAUUAUUAAAAAUGAAUAUAUAGUUACAUUAUGUAAUAGUGUCAAUGUUCAAUAAAAUGAAAUAUAUUAUUCCACUCUCUCCGCGUUCAAGUAAAAUGUGCAUUUGCCAUUAUCUUGUUUACAUAUUUACCAAAACUACAUAGUUUCACCAAUUGUUAUUGCCAUUUCACUUUUCGUAUGCUAGAAAGUUAAAACUAAGUAAAAUUACGGUUGAAAAUCAAUUCAUUACGGUGUAAUUUAAUAGAACCGUAAAACGCGAAUGAUUCGACGAUAGGGAGUGAGGAACAAAAAUUACAAUAGGAAAUAAGGGUUAUAAAUCUUAAUUUUACUAUACAACAAACCCAAAAAACAAAGUUUUCUAAUUUAAAUAUUUUAAAUCAUUAAAAGUUCGUAAUAUUGUUUUUAAAUGUGACUUCGAUGUAAUCAUUUGGUCUAUUGAUUGUGGCAGAAUAAAAAUAUUAGCUCUUUUCAUUCUCUCAGUAUUAAAUUCUAAUCAGAAUUCUCUCUUCUUUUAUAUACAAUAUAUAUAUAAAAUUUUUGAUUAAUUAUUUAUAACUAUAUAAUUCAUUAAACUAAAUAAAAAGCGUCCCAGAAAUUUUAUAUCCACAGUUGAGAGUAAAUUAGACUGCUAUGUAUUAAUUAUAAUUUAACUAUGUGAAUAAAAAGUGUCAACUA